AUGUUUCACGACGUUGAGGAUCCAAUGGGUUCACCAUUGUGGAAUAAACAGCAACCGUUUGGUCAAAAUCUCAAAUCGUACAGAUACCCUAGAAUCGCUACUCUUCUUCACUGGAUUCUCGUCUACUGCUUUCGAAUAACGCCCAACCAUCAAAUACUGGAGACCCACACACAUAAACCAAAGAUUAACGAACCAGACACUCUCAAGAAAGGGGAUAGUCAUAACCAGGAGAGCACCAGUGAACCACGAACAUCGGUAGCGGGUUCCAGUGAUACAUCAAAUGAACAUUCGUUUGUGACCAAUGAAGCAAAGGAUACGUCCACGGACGAUCAACAUUCUCACAAUGCCUCACAUCUAAACGACGGAAUCGACGGAGUCCACACCGCUCCAUCAGCAAUCGCCAACAGGAUACCCCCACGAACGAAAAGGAAAACAGGCAUUGAUAAAGUACAGUGGGAGAAAAUCUUUGGGACGCAUAAGCGGUCUGUAAGCUUCCAGGAAUCAUCGACUCAAUCACCAUCUAGAAAGAGAGCCCAAUCGACAUCGCUUAUUUCGGAUCUCAUUCACGAGUCGUAUUUCAAGUCGUCGCCUACUACUUCUGCUCCGAUUCCCUCCAUCCAUGAGCCAGCUCUCCGUUCGAGUGAAACAGGUUCUCGACCAUAUCAUCACGCAGAUACAAUAGCCAAGACUGAUGACGAGAAAAGGAACAAUACACCGCAAUCUGAGCACCAUCUCUAUCCACACUCCUACCUAGAAACUGCCGCCCAUCCUAAAAUGCGCAACGCCUCAACUGUCCCUACAACCAAUUUGAUGCCGGAGGAACCACCCUCUGUUCUCACACCUCGUCCUGUAAAGCAUUACGUAUCAGAGCGACCGAUCACAGAUAGGCUGACAGCUGAUCUGCCGGUACGGAUAUCUCCGUCUGCUUCACCUGCAUUAUCGGCUGUCAAUUAUAAAGGGCAGACAUCCACCCAUCGUCGUCCGUCAUCUGCACCUUCGUCACGCCAGUCUUCCCCAUUAUCCGAUCUAUCGUUUCAAAACGUGUGGAUAUUCAAUGAAAAUGAAGGAUUCAGUGAAGGGGUGACGACGAUUCAUUACAUCUCCAACUGGGACUGUGACAACGAUAAAGAACGCAUCGAACGGUUCAUAGAAUACUGGGGAAUAGAAACCAUGAUCCUCAAGCAAGCUGAACUGUCCGAGCAACUCAUUCGCUACAUGUAA